CUUUGACGUCACGUCCGGGUGGAAAGAUCCUGGAAGCAAUGUAAAAUUUCAGUAGGUGAGAGGUGGGAGCUCAGACUGCAGAGAUUGAUAAAGAUCGCCAUGCAGAAGCUGGUCAUUAAUUUCGCCCUGUUGUCCUUCGUUGGGUUUCUCAGCGUAACCUGUGCCCAGGAUGCCACUGCUGAAGGGAAUGGGCGAGGAUUUGGAGAGAACAUCCACUGGAGAACGCUGGAGGACGGGAAGAAGGAGGCCGAGGCCAGUGGUCUGCCAGUGAUGGUCAUUAUCCACAAGACGUGGUGUGGAGCCUGCAAAGCCCUGAAACCCAAGUUCGCUGAAUCCAAAGAAAUCUCUGAGCUGUCGCACAACUUCAUCAUGGUCAACUUGGUGGAUGAUGAGGAGCCAAAGGACGAAGUGUUCAGCCCUGAUGGUGGCUACAUUCCCAGAAUCCUUUUCCUCGAUCCCAGUGGGAAGGUGCGCCCUGAAAUCACCAACAAAAAUGGGAAUCCUAACUAUAAAUAUUUCUACAGCAAUGCUGAUCAAGUCGUGGCUGGAAUGAAGGAGGCUCAGGAGAAGCUGACCGGCGAUGCCUAUCGGCGCUCCCACCUUGGCGAUGAGCUGUGAAGUUGUGGAGGGUGGAGCUGGGGAGGGCUGGCCACGCCCCCUCUGAACCGCUGCAGUAGCUGUGGUCCGCUCCCAUAUCCACUGCCCAUUGGAUACGUUCAUUAUGACUGUCUGGAGGGGAGGGAGGGGCUCCCCCCUGCCGAGGCGUGUCAGACAAGCACAUACUAAAGUCAGGAAAAAGUGGAAAUAAAUGCACUGCUUUUCUGAA